AUGGGCCCCUAUACCGCCUCCUCAUGCUGCUGCCAGGCCCGUAAUCUGCCAUGGGCCCCUGUACCGACUCCUCAUGCUGCUGCCAGGCCCGUAAUCUGCCAUGGGCCCCUGUACCGCCUCCUCAUGCUGCUGCCAGGUCCAGAGUGUGUCAUGGGUCCCUGUACGGCCUCCCAUUGCUGCUGUCUCUAUCGCCACACUCUGCCAUGUGCCACUUUCAGGUCUCCUCACACUGCUGGUGGUUUCCAUUUUUGUGAUAGGGUGCUGUAUGGCCUCCCAUUGCUGCUGCCUCCACCGCCACACUGUGGCUCCACACUCUGGUUUUGGCCCCGUGACUGCCCAAAUGAGUGAAGUGUGCGGUGAUUCUAAGAUCGACGGCACUCAUCUGCAUGUCAUACUGCCUGACAGUAUUAUUUCUCUUCCCCAGCAGACUCCAAGGGCAUUUAAAUUAAAGGUACAGUGUUCAGCACUAAUAUUA